CUGUACUGUUUGUGUUAAUGCUGAAUUUGUUUGUCUGUUCUUCAGAAUUUGAUCAACCAUGGAGGAAAACGCCUUGGGGAGAAAAGGACAAAAUUGAACAUAAACUGAGGACAUUCAAGCUCAAGAGAACAAGUGCUCAGUUUGUCAGGAUUCUGGUUGUUGGUGAAGUCGGAGCAGGAAAGUCCAGUUUUAUAAACUCAGUCAAUAAUGCAUUCCAAAAACGAAUCACCUCUGGGGCUCUUGUUGACAGGACUGGAGGUACCAGUUUCACAAAGAACUACAAAACUCAUUAUAUUGAAGCAGAAGAUGGCUCCAAUUUGCCUUUUGUCUUUAAUGAUAUAAUGGGAUUUGAGGACAAAUUAUCUGGUGCAAAUGCAGAUGACAUCAUCAAAGCCAUAGACGGGUUACUUCAUGAAGGACACAAUUUUGAGGAUACAUGUAUGACAGACGCUGACUACAGAAGCAACCCAAGUGUCGAGCAUCAAACCGCAUGCCUGGUCAACAUUGUUGCUGCAGACAAAAUAUCAAUUAUGAAGAAUGGGGUCAUUGAUAAGCUGAAAAAAAUUCGUCAGUCUGCUACCAAACGGAAUAUACCUCAAGUAAUCAUCAUGACAAGAUCAGAUUUAGCAUGUCCACUGGUUAAACAGGACUUAAGGAAGAUCUACACCAGCAAGAAGAUCAAGGAGAAGAUGGAAGUGUGUAGUAAUACGCUGGGGAUUCCUAUGAAUUACAUUUUCCCUGUGAAGAACUACCAUGAGGAGAUAGACACAGAUGAUGACAUGGAUCUUCUGAUUCUCAAGGCACUUGAUCAGAUUGUGCAAAAUGCUGCUGACUUGUUGAAGGAAAAAUCACCUAAAUGUGGUGAAGAAACUGAGUAGGGACUCGGAUCACAAAGCCUCUGUGUAUAAAUGUAACCCAAAGUGAUUUACACAACAUUUAAAAUACAGAGUAGGAUACAUGAUUAAUGCUGAUUGGAGAAGAGAAAUAAAUAUGUACUGUAUUGCUAAAAUUACCAGAACAUCUGACAUGGAGAAGAGAAACAAGUGUGUGUUUCUAAAAUAAGUGUAACAUUGUUUUCUGUAUUUAUGGAGCACAUUAGAUUAUUUUACUUUAGUUACAGUUACUGAUUAAACAAACCCUAAAAUGUAAGUGAGGAAUUCUAUGUAAAUGUUAAUCUUAUUAAUAAAAAAUAAAGCUUACCUAAAGAACAAAA